CACGUGCCUUCUCUGGUAGAUAAUACCUGGCCGUUUCUUCACCUUUCACUCUCACGCGUUCUCUCAUCCCCAACUCAGACAAACGUCUCUGCCCUGGUCUCGGCUCUGGACAUAUAACAUCGGUAUUGACCCACCUGGAAGAGCAUGCUCGUUUGAAUCCCUCAACGCGUUUUCAGUCAUUCAAAAUGUCGGCUCUAUCUUCUCCAGCCCUUAGCUUUUGCGACACUCUUUCCUCUCCGGACCUUGAUGCCUACCUCGACAGUCUUCCACCUCUAUCUCAAUUGCCCUCGCCCGAAAUGAAGGAAGCCUGGUGGAGAGAAGAAUCUUUUCAUGGAAGACAUGACUCGCUCAUGUCCGACGUCCCCUCUUCAUUCGCAACUGCUGCCGAAGUGCUAUGUAACAUCACUGCAUGUGACAGCUGCAACUCUGUCAAGUCAUUGCAGUCGAUGAUCACGCAAUUCUUGGACAACUCUCGUGUGCCCAUGGAGACUGUAGCUCUGGUCUACAACAUACUGUCUCAACCAGCCGUUGCUGCCAUCCACUGCUGGCACGGCAACUCGGUCUCUUCCACUUCCGCUCAGAUGCAAUCGAAGAUGAUGCAAAUCCACGGACCGGAAUCGGAUGCUUCUUGCCAGCGAGCUUUAGUCAUUCUUUCAGCUUUGAGUGUCGCAGUAUCAUUCACAGAGGACAAUUCUAGAAACUUGUUCCACUGGUCGAGACAGGUGGCCGAGGGCAUAUUCAGCACCGAGCAGAUCAGCUCGAUGAACCGCAUCGUUCUUGCCAAACUCGAAUGGUCAAUCCACCCUCUUUCCGCCCCUACGCCCAUCGAUGCAGCGCUCAAGGCUUUGUCGGGCUCGGGAGUUGUCGCACAUACGAAGCUCUCGUCGUUCGCGCCGUUCAUUGUCGAUGAGGAGGAAUCUCUCAGGUUAAUCCUCGGCCCACAGACCAUGGUUCAGCAUGGACUUGUUACACCAGAACCCUCGCCCAACUGUAUCCACGGAGAAGACGACUUGAUGUCUAAAUAUCUGCCUGCGACGCCAGCAUAAACAGGAUUGUAUGGCUAGUGAUAUCUGACGAAGCAGGCUUCGUCGAGCUUGUCGACCCCGGAGGUCGAUGUGGAUACAGGUACGACACAUGCAUAUGGGAUCAGGCGUUUGGGCAGCAUAAUCGAGAUUCGACAUGAGGGCUAGGGCGCAUCACGGAUAGGGUCGGGAAGGAAAGGCAGCGUGGAUUUUGACAGGUCGUGACGAUACCCACCUGAUAUUUCAACAUGGCAACAGCCCAUGAAAAGCAGACAAGACGCUAGCUAGUAAUCCUAAUAUCAACAAGCGCUGGGUGCUAC